AUGGCGUCUCUCUUCUCGAGCAUCUUCUAUCUUUCCACCUUUGUCCCGCGUGUAAUUUACGACAGUGUGACUGGAAGUAAUGCCAAUGAAGUCAACGUUGCCGGAAAGUCGUUUGACUACAUCAUCGUCGGUGGUGGACUGAGCGGAUUGACAGUAGCCAACCGCCUGAGCGAAGAUUCGAGCCGUACCGUGCUCGUGAUUGAAAAUGGCUACAUGACCGAUGACAUCACUACCCGAGUGCCCUCCUUCGCCAACAGUGUCAAUCAACAGCUCAUGUACGAUAUCACAUCCGAGUACGAUGUCGGCACAGGGGGCACACACCCCGUCUGGGUAGGCAAAGUUGUUGGUGGCGGCUCAGUAGUUAAUGGCAUGGCGUUUGAUCGUGCAUCUGCUGCCGACUACAAUGCGUGGGAGGCACUUGGCAACACUGGCUGGAACUACAACAACCUCUUGACCUAUUUCAAAAAGUCGACUACCUUUACUCCGCCCACGGCCAAUAAUAUCAAGAACUUUGGUACCACAUACGAUGCUAACUACUACGGAACCAACGGCCCUAUCCAAGCUUCCUUCCCCAACUUCGAAUACGAAGACACAAAGACUGUUUGGGCGGCAUUCAAGGCCCAAGGUGUACCGUUACCAAAGGAACAUGCGGCAGGCAAGGCUGUCGGUGCUUUUUGGAUACCCACUGCAUUAUGGCCCAAGUCACAAACACGAUGCCAUGCAAAGAAUGCGUACUAUGAUCCAGUAAAGACUCGUUCAAACCUGUUCAUCAUCACUGGAAAGACUGUGAAUGAGAUUUUAUUUGGUACUGGCCUUUUGACCGGAUACACUGCCAAUGGCGUCCAGUAUAAGUCAAGAACAGAUGGGUCUAUCAACAAGGUCUACGCCAAGCGCGAAGUCAUCAUGGCUGCUGGUGCCGUUUUCACGCCUCAAAUCCUACAACUCAGCGGUCUAGGUCCUAGAAGUGUACUGAAUGCGGCAGGGAUCAAUGUAAGAAGGGAUAUGCCAGCCGUCGGUGCCAACAUGCAAGACCACCCUAACGCCAACAUGUACUUCAACCUCAAGGACCUGUCCGUUCCAAAUCCCUUUAGCGGCCAAGAUCCAAGCUACAAUGCCACGGCAUGGUCAGAAUACGAAGAUAACGAUUCAGGACCACUUACACAAGCCCACGGUAGCAGCCUGGCCUUUUUGAGCUUGCAAAGCAUCACGAGUAAAUGGAGCUCAAUCGUAUCGACUGUCAAGGCGCAAAACGUACGCUCCUACCUUCCUUCUGUCUAUGAUGACUACGCUCUUCUCCGCGGCUUCAGCAAACAACGCGAAAUCAUUGCAAAUCUCCAUGCCAGUCCCGAUGCAGCUGCCGGCGAGUUCCCCAUGGUCCCCUUUGGCCUAGCCAUCAGCUGUCUGCAACGCCCACUUUCCCGCGGCACCAUCACCAUCAACCCCCAAAACAAGUACGGCAACCCCAAAGUCCAAUUCAACGCUCUCCAAAAUCCAGUCGACAAGCAAAUCCUCGUUGAAAUGGUAAAGUGGACGCGCAAACACUGGGCAUUGCCUCAACUCAACAAGUUCGAUCCUGUCGAAAUUACACCGGGCACGCAGGCGCAAAGCGACGAUGAGAUUAUAAAAGCCCUCAUUCAGCAGAGCUCGCUAGCGGCGUCAUUUGCGCACAUGUCGGGUAGCUGUUCCAUGAUGCCGGAGAGUUAUGGUGGCUGUGUGGGCAACGAUCUGGCCGUGUAUGGCGUAUCGGGAUUGAGCAUUGUAGACGCGAGUAUCAUUCCCUUGAUCCCUGCCACACAUCUUCAAUCAACAAUGUAUGCCGUUGCGGAAAAAGCGGCAGAUCUGAUUAAGGACAGGAAUGGCGUGGACAUUCUGAAUCCCUUGUCGUGGUUUCGGCUCAGGCGAUCUUGAUAUUUUCAUUUCUUCAUUUCUUUUCUCUUCUCUUCAGCACUUGGCAGUUCAUACUUCUCACACAACUUUUGUUUCCUUUGUUCACAUUAUAUCCCUCUUUAAAUACCAUCUCUUAUUUCAUCUUGCAG